AUGGGCGGAACGACCAAGUUCAAGUUUCCCAUGCCGCACCGGCGGCAGAGGGAGAGGCCGCAAGAGGUACAGAGCAUCUCGGCGCCGAUGACCAAUAAGGCCAGCAAGCUACUCGGAGCUGCGGAGAUCAACAUUGAUUCGGCCUCGCCCAUAUCCAGCACCAGUGACCAUUCCAGACUCUGGGAAACACAUUCCGCCGUCUCGGGCGUCAGCGGAAUCAGCGUCACCAUAUCAGAAACCACCGCGUCUGGCAGCAUCUGCAGAUCCCGUUCGCCUUUGAGCACCGUCAAGGAGGGUCCCGACGUGGCCCCUAGCAGGACCAAUGCAAGACCGGCCUGGGAGCAAGAGUCAGACAUAAUACCGAGGGAUCUUGGGGUCAGCGGCAGCAACGCUGGGCGGACUCACAACCUGGACACCAUCACGGACGCGUCGAGUCUCAGGCGACGCCGGUCAAGCUCCACCAUCGUUUCCUAUUACGACAAGACGAAGCUACCGUUGUCGAUAUCCCAGCAGACCGCCAAUUCGGCCAUAGCGAAGGGUCUGCCGGACAAGGCAUGGGAGCUCUUGGAUUUGGAUUCUCCUCGGCCCGCACCCGCACCCCCAAAACCUGAGCGAAAGAAGCCGACCCGGUUAGAUUUGACACAUCUCUUGCCUACCGCGGGGGCGUCAUCCAGGAGAGCAUUCUCGAAACUUACCCAAAAGGGCAGCAGUCUGGUAUUGGGACCCGACUUGAUGACACGAUCGCCUUCUUUCAUGUCCUCAUCGUCACCAGCCUCAUCACCAUCUGAAUGCGAACCCAAGCCUGAAAAAGGGUUGCGGAGAAAACUUACUAAAGAGAGCCUUCGGAGCCUAAGGGGCCCGAGGCCGGAUCGCACCAGUACAUCGAGCUCCGACGUCAAGAGCGCAAAUUUGCGCAAGCGGGCGACGGACACUGGCACGCUUUAUAAUCUCUACCAGCACUAUGAAGAUACGUCCUUCCGCGACACGAUGAGCGGCGAUCCAUCCGGCCCAAGGCCGGCUUCACGGCAGGGGGCCCGCAGCACUGAGCCGGAGUCACUCGCUGCCUCGCGACCAGGAGCUCGACAGAGUGUCUCGGUAGCAUCGGCGCCUCCGAAUAAGCCCAGACAUCACAUUUCGCCAUCCUUGUCUGCAGUUACCCGUCAACCGUACUCCAUAUUUCCUCAGGACCAUGGCCAUGGCCCAAUGCAGGAUUCACCGCUUGCAGUCACGAAUUCGGGCUUGGUUUCGCCUCCAACUGACUAUGCUGCCAGCGUGUCCAGCAGACACACCCGCACCUCCAAGGCUUCUAAGAGGACAGACCAGAGCUUUACAGACUUUGAUCCAAACACGACUAGUCUUCUGUCGCUUUCAUCUGACUCUGAGGAUGAUGACGCAGAACCACCGAGAACAGCCCUGUCCAUUCCCAGCGUCACCUCGCUUGACAGCGGCUCCAGUCCCAUUGACAGUCGCAGGCCAUCGAGCACCUCUCCUUUGCAGGACCCAGUACGCAAACAACCCAAGAGCAAAUUCCGUCCAAGCAUGAACGCCCAGGGUCAAUUCCUCGCCAUUCCCGAGAAUGCGACGAGCACGAGCACAUCUCCGCCACCAAUCAAUCCUCGUACCAGUUCACUCGCGAGCUCACUCGCGAGCGCAAUGGCCUCUAGCAGCUCGCGGCCGGGAGCGGCUCCUUCCACAUCUACCACAGCUUCUUCCGUGCGAUCGCCAUCUCGACUGUCACAGGUAUCCACUUCGACGUCUGAAUCAAUCGCGAGCCAACUCUCUCGUCCCCAUCCUUCUCCAGCCCACGGGAGUGGUGCAAGACAAAGUCCUGAGGUACACCACAUUGCCAUGUUGCAAUCCCGUGCUGCGCCGUCAGGACACGGUCAUCACGAACUAGGCGGUGCAAGCGAAAAUCAGCACAACAGUCCCCGAGCACACCUUUCCCCGCGACGAAGCCAGCCCACACCGCCUAUCAGCCCAUCGAGCAUGGAAUUCGUAAUUCACAGCCAACACAAUCCCGCCUCCGACCAUGGGGGUCCAAUCUUGACCCUUAGCGGCACGGGCACUCUUGAAGAUGAGAGAUUUAUGGCUGUCACCCGGCAAGAGGAACUCCUUCUCGCCGCCAUGAGAGCAAAGCGGGCACGCAUGCGUGAGAAUCACCAAAUUGCUGAGCUGGCUGAACCUGAGCUGGACCGCGGGCAGGAUGACAGGACGGCCUCGAAGAAGGAGUCCCUAUCGAGCAUCAAGACAGUGAAAGCCACGACGCUUCAUCCACCGCCAGUCAGUCAUCAUCGCGUCUCCGGCACCGCCAGUGGCCGCAACAGCAAGAAGGAUGCGACAGCCAUGCUUUUCCCUAAGCCGCCUUCCACAACAUCCAGUUCGAUACGUUCCGGCGACGCAGGCACAAGUCCUGAAAAGCACGAGCAGGUAAUGCUUUAUCUUGGCUCCACCAUCAAUGAGGCACACGACGUGGUAGACCCUAGCUCCGACCCGAGUAGUUUCCUCAUGGACGGCCUAGAGCUUUUCCCUGCCCCUGCAAGCUCAUCGACGGUCACUGCGAGCACGCCAAAGUCUUCGCACAGCCGCGCAUCAUCGGCUGCAGCGGCAACUAGCUAUCGCACACCGCAGAAGGCUGUACGACAGGCGCGAGCCGAUUCUGAAUCGACGAAACAUAAAACGAGACCCUCCUCCGAACACGCGUACAACAGACCAGAUCGAGACCCAGGGAAUGCUUAUCGCCACAAAAUUGCACCCGUCGCGGAGAGGCCGGAGUCGUCGUCGAGUCAUUACGACGAGGAUUCGCAAAUCGAGGAACAGCCCAGGGAACAGCAACCCCAAACGAGAAAGAAGGCAGCUAGAAUCAGUGCCGUAGGGAUGCUUCCGGAGUGGGGCGACGAUGGUUGA